GCUUCGCGUGACGCAUAGAUAGGGGUGAAGUGCUAGAGGAAACGUACAAAUAGCCUGUUGUUCCCUUCACUUGAAUUAGUAGUAACACAAACUAAAAGAAAAUGGAGCUCUGAGAAGUAGGACUAGAUAAACUUCCUGAUAAUUCUUUGCUACCAACCUUGUAAAGAGCAGCUCCUAUUGUGCUAAGAGUUCUAUCAACCAGAGCAGAACGUGAUGAACCACAAACAUCGGAAAUACUUUGGAGCGUAGGCAGCUAAUUUCUAGCUCUUGUUAGCUUCUGAUGGGAUACAGGACAUUUAUUGGAAAUGCAUUGCUCUUUUUCAUCACACUCGGCCUUGAUCAAACAAAAUGUGCAAUAUUGCCCUGUGGAGUACAAUUGUUGACGUAAGCGGAUUUGGAAAGUAAACGCUUGGUUUUGGAGUAAAACAGAAGACGUGUCAACUAUUUAUUUCCUGAUAUAUUUUUCUGUACCCUUUUUAUUGUGAGGUACUGCAGCAGCUAUUGGGCAUUUAAUGACAUGCGUAUAGUUUCAGCGAACUAACUUAGGAGAGGAAAUUAUAACCAUAUUCCGUUUUAUAUAUGCAGACAUUAUUUUCUGUAUGUGGGAACAGUGCUAAUUUUUUGGGAUUCAGUUUAGUUUCCUUCUGAUGUCACUACCCCCAGAUUGCCUUCAUGGCAGGAUCAUGAAGUGUCUGACUUUCUUUCUUCUACUUCCAGAAACAUUCAAGAAAUCCAAAAGGAACGUGAGAGCUAACGGCAAGAUACCACUAUGCUAUGAAAUUGUAACUUUGUCCUUAAAGAAGAAGAUGGCUGCAGAACUCUACCCUGCAAGCAACAAUACGCACAUCACCAACACUAAUACCACCACUACAACCACAUUUGCUGCACCCACAAAGAAAAGCACUAUCGCGCUCCAGCAAGCACCACCACCCCCACCUCCACAACAGCAAAACCUCAACAACAACAAUAUACAAAACACCAACUGGCAGUCCUUCCAUCCUACUCUAAGGGAGAGGAAUGCACUUAUGUUUAACAACGAACUCAUGGCUGAUGUGCAUUUUAUCGUUGGUCCUCUAGGAGCAUCUAAGAAAGUUCCAGCGCACAAGUAUGUUUUGGCAGUCAGCAGUUCUGUAUUCUAUGCUAUGUUUUAUGGUGACCUUGCAGAGGCGAGAUCUGAAAUCCAUAUACCAGAUGUUGAGCCAGCAGCCUUUGAAAUCCUUCUAAAGUAUAUGUACAGCGAUGAAAUUGAUCUUGAAGCUGAUACUGUACUUGCCACUUUAUAUGCUGCCAAGAAAUACAUAGUUCCUGCUCUGGCAAAAGCUUGCGUAAAUUUUUUGGAGACAAGUUUGGAAGCUAAGAAUGCUUGUGUUCUACUUUCACAAAGCAGACUCUUUGAAGAGCCAGAACUUACUCAACGCUGCUGGGAGGUAAUUGAUGCUCAGGCAGAAUUGGCACUGAAAUCGGAAGGAUUUUGUGAAAUAGACCAGCAAACUCUUGAGAUAAUUCUUACUCGAGAAACCCUCAAUAUUAAAGAAGUUGUUGUCUUUGAGGCUCUCUUGAACUGGGCAGAUGCAGAAUGCAGGAGACAGGGUCUACAAGUGACAUCAAGAAACAAACGGAAUGUACUUGGCAAAUCUCUGUACUUAGUGCGAAUACCCACAAUGACACUGGAGGAGUUUGCUAAUGGUGCUGCUCAGUCAGACAUCUUAACCCUUGAAGAAACACAUAACAUCUUCCUGUGGUAUACAGCUGCCAAAAAGCCCAAAUUAGAAUUUCCUUUGUUGCAAAGGAAAGGACUGGCACCUCAAAAGUGUCACAGAUUUCAGUCCUCUGCUUACCGGAGUAAUCAGUGGAGAUAUAGAGGGCGAUGUGACAGUAUCCAGUUUGCUGUAGAUAAAAGAAUAUUUAUUGCAGGACUGGGUUUGUAUGGCUCCAGUAGCGGCAAAGCUGAAUAUAGUGUCAAAAUUGAACUAAAACGACAAGGAGUAGUACUUGCACAAAACUUGACCAAAUUUGUUUCUGAUGGUUCCAGUUGUACUUUCCCAGUAUGGUUUGAGCAUCCUGUGCAAGUUGAGCAGGACAGUUUUUAUACUGUUAGUGCAAUUUUGGAUGGUAAUGAACUUAGUUAUUUUGGACAGGAAGGAAUGACAGAAGUACAGUGUGGAAAAGUAACAUUCCAAUUCCAGUGCUCUUCGGACAGUACAAACGGGACGGGUGUGCAAGGAGGCCAGAUACCUGAACUUAUUUUCUAUGCAUGAUGCAUUUAACACUGUGUAUUUCUGGACUGCUAAUAUAACAUAAGAACUGUGUGUAGCAGUGCAGGGUACAACAGAUUUAAGUUAUUGACUGCUUGAAUCAGACUGUCAAGUCUUAAGUGAAGGAAUGCUCUUGUAUGUAAUCUUAUUUAUUUAAAAGGUAUAUUGAGUUAAUUAUUACAGCUGCAUAAUGCAGUAACAGUGUUGCACUUCUUAUGGGUAUUUCCCCCCCGUAGUGCAUUUUGUACAUUACCAGUGGACUAGUAAACAAUGUUUAUAUGCAGUGCAGCUGAAGAAGUCUGUGAAACCUUAAAACCACCCAUCCUAGAAUUACUUGUAUUUAUGGUGUUUACCUGUUUAGGACAAGCUGUAUGAAAACAAAAAAAAAAAACACUUGAAACGUACAUCAUUUCCUGCUGUGUUGUAAACUUGCUGCUUAAUCGGGGAGGUGGGAUCUUAAAUAUUAUUUACUAUUGGUUAUAAAUGGAGGCCUUUGUAUACAGACAGUAGGUUAUUUAUCAUUAUUAGGUUACUGCCACCUUCAUGAAAAUAAAUUACUUUUUUUAUAAGCA